CUUUUAUAGUAAUUUUAUAGCCAAGGCUAUUUCAUCAAAAUUGAGAGUGAGCUCUCGGGCCGACAUCUUGGUGAGGCAGCAGCGGUGCCCUGCCCUCCCAGUCUCGCAAUGCCACCCAAGGACGACAAGAAGAAAGAUGCUGGAAAGUCAGCCAAGAAAGACAAAGACCAUGUGAAGAAGUCGGGGAGGGGAGGGUGAAAGGGGGGGCAGGCCAAAUAGAAGAAGUGGUCCAAAGGCAAAAUUUGGGACAAGCUCAAUAACCUGGUCUUGUUUGACAAAGCCACAUAUGACAAACUCUGUAAGGAAGUUCCCAAUGACAAGCUCAUAACCCCAGCUGUGGUCUCGGAGAGACUGAAGAUUCACGGCUCUUUGACCAGAGCAGCCCUUCAGGAGCUCCUUAGUAAAGGCCUUAUUAAACCAGCCUCAAGGCACAGAGCUCAGGUAAUUUACACCAGAGACAACAGAGGUGGGGAUGCCCCAGUUGCUGGAGAAGAUGCAUGAGCAAUAGGUCUCACUGGCUGUACAUUUUGAAAAA